AUGGCUGCGCCCAUGCUUGAAUUCCGCACUGGGGGCUGGAACCCUUAUGCUGUGAAAUACUCGCCCUACUACGACAACAGGGUGGCGGUAGCUACAUCAGCCAACUUUGGCAUCGUGGGCAAUGGUCGUCUGUUUGCGCUAGGCCUUACAGCAAACGGGAUCCAGGCAGAGAAAGUCUUCGACACAAACGAUGCACUCUAUGACCUGGCAUGGUCCGAGAUCAACGAGAACCAGCUUCUUGCAGCAUGUGGCGAUGGGUCGAUCAAGUUGUUUGACCUUGGUGUCGACACCUAUCCUGUCAUGAACUAUCAUGAGCACAAAAGAGAGACUUUCUCCGUCUUCUGGAACCAGACCACCAAAGACACUUUUGUAUCAAGCUCAUGGGAUGGUACCGUCAAGAUAUGGUCACCCACCCGGCAACACUCUCUCAAGACCCUCCCCAUAGGCUCGUGCACCUACAGCACCGCAUUCUCGCCCCACAACCCCUCCCUUCUCUCCGCCGUCUCUUCCGAUUCUCGUCUGCGCAUCUUCGACCUGCGCACCCCCACCUCCGCCAAAUACCACCUCGUCUCCGACAUCCCAGUGCACCAGACGCCCGCCUCCCGCAACCGCGUCGCCGCCUCUCACAUGGACAGCGGCGCCGCCGCCGUGCCCCUGCCCCCUGGCCCCGCUGCCGAGAUCCUAACCCACGACUGGAAUAAGUACAGCGAUACCGGCGUGAUCGCCACGGCCGGCGUGGACAGGGUGAUCCGGACCUUUGACCUGCGCAUGCCGUACAACGGGCCCCUGGCGGUCAUGGCCGGACACGAGUACGCGGUCCGGCGGCUCGCGUGGAGCCCUCACGCCAGCGACGUGCUUGUCAGCGCCAGCUACGACAUGACGGUUCGGGUCUGGACGGACGGCUCGACCAUGGCGGGCAUAGGGCCGGACGGAGGGCCGCCGAGUGAUCCCAACGCGCCGGUCAGGCCCGGGCGCCAGCUUGGACUGAUGAAUCGGCAUACGGAAUUCGCCACGGGCGUGGACUGGUGUCUGUUUGGGGCGGGUGGCUGGGUAGCGAGCACGGGUUGGGAUGAGAGGGUGCUGUUGUGGGAUGCAAACAUGCUGUUAAGGCGAUAG